AUGGGGAACUCAUUCACGUGCAUAUCGCCGGAGGAGGAGCAGAAGAAAGCCGGCGAAGGGACUUCCCGGACAUACGUCCGGCGAUUUUCGUUCCCGUCGUUCCGGCGACGGACUCUUCUCCCGUCGCUGUCGUGUUCUUCUUCGUCGUCUUCGUCCAAAAAAGGCGGGAACGCGAAGAAGAAGAAGAUGAGAGAGAGACACCACAAUCACCAUGAUCAUCACCACCAUGCCCAUGAGAAAGAUUCUCUGAUCCAAGAGCAGACACUCGCCGCCACGAAUCUUCUCUUCAACCAGACCCCGAGGAACAGCAACUCCAAUAAUAUCCCUUUCCGACGCUCCACCUCCGUCGUCUAUCCCUCUCAGCCCACCGGAACCGGCGCCGGAGGAGGAGCCGCCGGACAGAACACCAAGAAGCCGGUCGGAGGAUUUGUCCGAAGCUCGAGCUCUCGGCAGAGAUCCAGC